GAGCCACGUGGGGCUGGAAUCAUGUCAAACAAGGCAGUGCUGGCAGAGUCCCUGGUGGUGUUUGCCAUGGUGCUGCUGGUGCACGCCAUGGUGUGGGACAGGUUCUCCUGGUGCGCCCUGGCUCUGGCUGUCCAGGCUUUCUAUGUGCAGUUCAAGUGGGACCGGCUGCUGCAGCUGGGGGGCGCUGUGUUCCAGUUCCGGACAGCAGCCAACAGUGGCCUCCUGCCAGCCAGCAUGGUCGCCCCCUUGCUGGGCAUAGUGAUGAAGGAGAGGUGCAAGGCUGCUGGCAUUGUGUAUUUCGAGCGCUUUGGCAUCGUGGUAGCCUCCGCAGGCAUGCUGGUUGCCCUCUUUCUGUCUGUGAUUGCAGUUGGCAUCACAAAACCUGUGCCAACCAACACCUGCAUCCUGAGUGGGGUGGCUGGCAGCAUCAUUAUCUAUACCAUGAAGCACUCCCUGACGGUCUCAGAGGUGAUAGAGGUGCUGGAGGUGCUGCUCAUCUUCGUCUACCUCAGCAUGAUCCUGCUGUACCUCCUGCCGCGCUGCUUCUCUCCCGGCGAGGCGCUGCUGGUGCUGGGAGCUCUUAGCUUCGUCCUCAAUCAGCUCAUCAAGCGCUCCCUGAACGUGGUCGAGGGCAGAGGGGACCCCACAGACUUUUUCCUUCUGGUAGCAGUGGUUGGAGUUGUUCUGCUUGGGCUUAUUUUCACUGUUCUCUUCCUUUUCCUGGACUCAGGGACGUGGAUCUCCUCCCUGUUCUUCCACAUGAUGACAGCAGUGCUGGGCCUGGGGGUCCUCGUGCCCUGGCUGCAGCGACUGAUCCAGAGGAACCCUUUGCUCUGGCUGCUGCAGUUCCUCUUUCAGACACAGGCCAGAGUUUGCCUGCUGGUGUACUGGACCGUCCUGGCUGCCUCAGCAUGCGCUGUCGUUUUCUACCAGAAUGCUAAGAGGUCAUCUGGCUCCAAGAAGCACCAGGCCUCCACCAUCACCAGGAAGUAUUUCCACAUCAUUGUUGUAGCCACUUACGUGCCAGGGCUCCUCUUUGACCGGCAGCUGCUGCAUGUGGCUGCAGCUCUGUGCCUGGCUGUCUUCAUCUUCCUGGAGUACGUUCGGUACUUCAGGAUCAAGCCCUUCGGCCAAACCCUUCGGCAUCUGCUCUCUCUCUUCCUGGAUGAGAGGGACAGUGGUCCUCUAAUCCUGACUCACAUUUAUCUCCUGCUGGGCAUGUCCCUCCCAGUGUGGCUGUUCCCCAGAGCUUGUGCUCCUAAAGGAGCUUUGUCUGGGGCAGGGGCUCUGGUGCCCUACUCAGGGGUGCUGGCAGUAGGGGUGGGUGACACCAUGGCCUCUGUCUUUGGCAGUACCAUGGGGGAAAUCAAAUGGCCAGGGACAAAGAAGACCUUUGAAGGGACCAUGACAGCCAUCUUUGCUCAGCUGAUUGCUAUGGCUCUGAUCCUGAUCUUUGACAGCAGUGUGAACCUCAACUCCAGCUAUGCCUGGAUUCUGGCAGCAGUCAGCUUGGUUUCCCUGCUGGAAGCUUACACAACCCAGAUCGACAACCUGCUGCUGCCUCUCUACCUCCAGGUCCUGCUCAUGGCCUAGCAGCACUGCAGGGCAGAGCUUCUCCCUUGCUGGAGGAGAGAGGCAGUGGACCAGGCACUGCAGGGGGGGCUCAGAGCUGGGCCAGGCACUGCAGGGAGGGCUCA